AUGGACUCUAAAACUCAUCCGGCGCUUGCGGUAUCCAACAUCAAAACGCAUAUCCCCAUCAUGCUCGAGCAAGAUUCAGCCCAAUACACGACUUGGUCCACCUUAUUUCAAGUACAGUGUCGAGUUUUCGAGGUUGCUGAUCAUCUCAGCCCGCCACCUGCUGCUGCCGCCUCGUCCUCAACCACCAAUUCUGACCAGAAAGCUGAUGAUUCUGCAGACAAAGCUCUCUGGCAGCGUAUUGAUGCAGUAGUUCUUCAGUGGAUUUACGCAACCAUCUCCCCCGCACUUCUCCAGAUUAUCCUCUCUCCCGGUCAAACGGCGUAUAAAGCAUGGACCGUUCUGAAAAAUCAGUUCAAUGACAACAAGACUACUCGAGCCGUGUUUCUUGGUCAGGAAUUUGCUCAUCUCAGCCUCGAAAGUUUCUCCUCAAUGACCGAGUACUGCCAACGGGCGAAACACCUCGCCGAUCAACUCAAGGCAGUCGGUUCCCCCGUUGAUGAAAAUAUGUUGGUAAUUAAGAUUUUAACAGGUCUCAUGGAACAAUACGAUAGCAUCUCAACCGUGUUACAGAAUCGUGACCCGCUUCCUGAUUUUAAUGAGGUUCGAUCUCGGCUCACCAUGGAAGAAGAUAAGAAGAAGCGUCAAACCGCCCGCGCGGCUCAACACUCCGCCACUGCCCUCACGGCUUCUGUCUCCUCACACAGCUCGUCGCAGACACCAAACUACUAUCCUGCUUCGGAUCGCGGUCAUGGUCGCUCACGAGGACGCGGUCGUGGUCGUGGCCGCAACUACAACAAUCGCAACUACAACAACCGUGGCCCACAAACCAACACUCCGGCCCAUCCAUAUAUUGUGUUCCCAAGUAAUUGGACCGCCAAUCAAUGGGCCUCGCUCCUAAAUGGUUCCCCCUCCCCAUCGGCUCAAACCAUACCCCCUUGCCCAUACCCCUCUAAACCGAACACUCCUAGUUCGAACUCACAGGGCAUUCUCGGACCUAGACCCGACCAAAUUACACCUACAGAUAUUGAACAGGCAUUAUACACCAUGGCUCUGAAUCAGCCGGACCACGGGGUCAUGGACACGGGCGCAACCUCUCAUUCGGCCAGGUAUCUACUCUCCGUCUAA